GUGGACGUACAUCGGAGUGUGCCAUCCCCGUUUGGUCGAUCGCUUGCACCGCUUCGACAUGCCACUACCCCAGGAAACCUUCCUGUACAGCCCAUCAGAGCUGCUGACUGCCAAGCGCUAUGCCGCCAAAGGUGUGGUUCGCGCGAAGUGGGGUUCUGACAGCGGCUCUCGUCUGACCAGCGCUGGGAAGACGGAAAUCAGAGCGUCCUUCGACUUCCGCGAGUGCCUCCGCGACGUCCUUCUGACGAGGCUGCACAACGUCAUGGAGACCACUCGCGCUCAGGAGGUCAAUCACAUCCUACAAGCCGCAGACAUCAUGCACUACGAGUUCGAGACCUUGAACCUCUUCCUGGAGAGGCUCGAGGCGUUCCGCGCCCCGGGAGUCUUCCUGGACGUAGUCUCCCAGUGCGUCGCUGAGGCGUCGCGGGCGAUCAAAUCUGCCCCUGGAGUGCUCAAAGCCGUGUCUGGCGAGCUCGUUGUCGGGUACUGCCUGACCGCAUUUUUCCACGUCUUUCUGGGUCGGCCCUUAAUCGGCGAGAUCGCUCAAGUGGAAGAGCCGACCUACCAACUU